UGUGUGUAUAUAAGGAUACAGUUUGAGUGUUUUGGGACCAAAACAACAUGGGAAAACCACGUAUCAGGCUGUGCUUUGGUCACGCCACGCCUCGUGUUCGAGCCUGUUCUGCAUCUACUUUUCGCUCCAAGUCUCCCUCCUCUGCUUCCAUCAAAUAUGCGAACAGAACAGAGUUUACAGGCCACCACUCUAAUGGGGCAGACGAAGGCAACAAGAUAAUGGUGGUUGUGGAUUCUAGCUUUGAAGCUAAAGGGGCUCUUGAUUGGGCACUUUCUCACACUGUUCAAAGCCAAGACACUCUUGUUCUUGUUCAUGUCACCAGACCCAACAUGGAAGAUAGGGAAUCUGGAGGGAAGUUUAAUGUGAAGGCUUAUAAACUUCUCCUUGAUAUGAAAAGCAUGUGCGAAAGGAAGAGAGCAGGGGUGGUGGUGAAUGUAGUGAUGUUGGAAGGAGAGGAAAAGGGUGUUGCCAUAGUGGAAGAGGCAAAGCAACAGAGGGUGUCAUUAUUGGUUGUGGGACAAAGAAAACGAUCCUUCUUAAGGUGCAUCUUGCGAACAUGGGCACGAAAAGGAACAAGACCUGGCUUAGUCGAGUAUUGUAUACAGAACUCACCUUGCAUGACAAUUGCCAUAAGGAGGAAGAAUAAGAAACAUGGAGGCUACUUGAUUACUACCAAACGCCACAAGAAUUUUUGGCUUUUGGCUUAGUGUUAUCACCAUUUCUCAAAUCUCAUCAACACUUUUCUCUCUAAAUUUCCUCCUUCUUCAUAUUGUUUGCUCCAACUUUUACUCUACUUCAAAUUAAAUUAUAUAGAUACCUUUACUUGUGCAUUUUACAAAUACUCCUUUAAAAGCUUGCACAGCAUUUUGGGUGAUUCUCCACACUGUUCCACACCACGCAGGGGAUAUAAUUGAAAGCUCAAAUUUAAAGUUUAUGAUUGAAGGAAGUUAGAAACAGAAAAUGGUGGACAAAGUACAGAUAUGAAAGUUAGAAACUCAGAUAUAAGAAUAAAAUAAAAAACAAUGAAGCAUUGUUUUGGUAUGGGCUAGCCCGAUCUAAAAAGGUAGCCCAACAGGGUGAAGGGUGAAGG